AGAUGAGUAAAACCCUGCAGGAACCUCCUUACGAAAUUGAGAACCAGUUUAUAUUGCGUCUGCCUCCGGAACAUGCUGCUACUGUCAGGGGAAUGAUGCAAUCCGGAAGUGUUGCCAUGAAAGAUAAACUAAAAAUUGACUUGUCUUCUGAUGGACGUCAUGCAACUGUUGAGGUGAAAGAUGUCUCACUGACGGCUAAGGUGGUUGAUUUGCCUUGCGUUAUUGGAAGUAUGAAGACUCUCGACAAUAAAAUGUUUUAUAAAACAGCAGAUAUUUCCCAAAUGCUUGUAUGCACUGCUGAUGGUGGUCCCCACUCUUCUCCGGAAGAACCUGUUACCUCUACUGAUCUUAAAGUAAUCAAGAAAAAGGAAAAGAGGAGACGGAAAAAAUAUGCCUGGAAGCAUGGCAUUACUCCACCACUUAAGAAUGUCAGAAAGAAAAGGUUCCGCAAAACAACAAAAAAGCUGUUUAAUUUCAAAUAAAUUGAAGAAGUCAGCUUUACUGAGGGCACUGACUCUCCUGAUUCAGAAAAGGAAGUGAAAAGAUUGCUGUGUUCUGAUGCUGAAGCUUUCAGUGUCCGAUGGGAAGUAAUUGCUGAAGGUGAAGCCAAGGAAAUUGAAAAUCAAGGCUCCAUUCCAAGCUUUGAGAUGUCCCCAGGAACAAGUGGCUAUAAACAGGUUGAUAGAUCACCAGAAUAUCAUAUGCUUCGGAAGAUACUCAGUGAUUCUAGCAAUAGCAGUGAUGAUGAUGACGAAAAGUAUGAGGAUGAUGAUGAGGAGGAGGAUGAAGAGGAGGAGGAGGAGGAAGAGGAGGACGAUGAUGAUGACGACGACGACGAUGAUGAUGAUGAUGAUGAUGAAGAAUUUUACUACGAUGAUAGGAAUGAAGAGGCAGAACAGUAUUAUGAAGAGAAUCUACAAAGGGAGCUACAGGCAAAGUUAAUUGAAUUUGGCCAUUGUAAGACAAAGGAAGGAAUCAGCUCAAUAGUUAUGGAAAUUCGGAAGCAUAUUCAUUACAUGGAGAAAAAGCUCCAAGAGAUUCAUUGUAGAGCACAAAGACAAAAGGAUCUCAUCAAGAAAGUGGAAAACCUGACAUUGAAGAAUCAUUUACGCUCUGUACUGGAGCAGCUUGAGUUACAGGAAAAACAAAAAAAUGAGCAGAUAAUUUCCCUACAGGAAAAACUGAAAUUUUUUCUUGAGAAGUGAGGAGAGCCUUCAGCCUUAUACAUCUAGAUUGAAGACUGCAUGAAACUGUUUGUUUGUUUCAUUGCUUUAUGUUGAAUCAUUUGUAUUUGUUUCUCUGAGCCAUUUUUUUUUUUGCUAACUAUAUUUGAAAUUUCUAGUAGUGUAGAAAUGGAGUGUAGAAAGGGACAGAAUAUAAAAAAGUAGUAGACCUAAGGACCCAACUCAACUAUGGGACUUUGCUUCUCUUUAUGAAUUUGAGAAUUAUUUAUAUUGCUCUAUUCUAUGGUGCCAUCAGAUGGUUCAGUCAUGCUUGCCAAAAAUAGUCUAACCUUGAAGGCUAUGCAGCUGGCUUGCUUAUGUUUUAGCCUUUUCUUCUGUUUGCUAUAUAUUUUUUCUAAAACAUUGAAUAAAUUGAGUCAUUUCUACCAAAGGCUAGAACUGGCUACGGUGAAUUUAAGUGCCUACUUCAUGGCAG